CAUACUAAAGCAGGCCUGUCAACUGUCCCGCAAUUUGCGUAUUUGUCACGCAUUAGCUGAAGAAUUUGAAGUCACGCGCGAAAAAUUUGAGGUGUUCAAAAUUUGGCAAGAUGUAAUAAAAUUUAAACCAAGGUGUUCAAAAUUUGGAUCAAGGUGUUCAGAUUUGGACCAAGGUGUCCACAUUUUGAGGGGAGGUGUUCAACAUUUCCAUGUCACUCAUGUUAGGUGUUCCCAAGUUGACAGGCCUGCUAAAGUAAAAUUUGAAAUCUUAACAUCAGUUAAAAAGAAUUUUAAGUUAAUCUAUUCAAACUUGCAGAGAAUAUUCACAAAACAGCGAACAUUCACAGAGAUAUUUCGAUGGCAAAUGAGGCCUGUUUCCAAAAUUGGUAAUUGAACGUGCCAAUACAAAUCUCGCCCCCCCCCUCUACCGGGGCCGUAUAGAUGAAUGAAUAUGAAUAAAUAGAUGUCGCCAAUAAUUUUAAUUUUCGGCCA